AAAAUAGCGGCGGCUGCGGCGGUGGACUCGUUGUUGGUGCCAACGCCGCGCGAGCGGAGCGACCAACACUGAAACAAACCGAAGCGAGUGCGCAGGCAUAAUACAUCGGCGUUGGGACUCCGCGAGUGUGCGCCAUCGCAAUUACCAUUAUCGGCCGAGCCAGCGCACGGCCAGCACCGGAGACGACGCCAGCACCGCAAGUUGCGCGCGACCGGCGCCGCUUUUCACCCCCUACGCACCGCAAGCCGCACCGAUUCGAGCCGACCUGAGGUAUAAAAACAUGUAGAAACGGCCAGCCUGCAACAGCAUGGUCGCGGACACUCAGGCGUGUUUGUCCAAGGGGCUGUCAGCCUCCAUCGAGGAGAUGUCCACGACUCGCAACACCUCCAGGCCAGAGCCCGGCAUCCGGAAUAAGGCGUCCAAGUUGGUCAACUGGCCGCUCGUUCCGCUCAGGAUAUCCCUGUUUCUCUUUUUCGGAGGACUGGCGUGCCUGGUGCUCUUCCUGCCGCUGCACAUGCGAGAAGUCGGCCUCUCGGAGUACCAUUCGCGCGUCAUCUCGACCGUGGCCCCUCUGCUCUCCAUCCUGGGCCCUUUGAUCGUCGGCCCGGCCUCUGACCGGCUCGGCAAACACAAGCAGGUGUUGCUGACCAGCUGCCUCCUUCUGGGGGCCGCGUGUUACUGCCUCCUGCUCGCAGUGCCGCUAACCUCCGAGAAUAACCACUUCCAGGAGUCCACCCUGAACAAAGCACCGCAGGUGCAGCUCAGGUGCGAAUCGCAGCUCUCGAAAAUCGUGCAGGAGCGCUGCUCGACGCACUGUCCCCACUGGUCCGACGAUAGGGCAUGGGAGGUGCACAUCAAGAAUUGCAAAUAUGACUGUGGUGAAAAAGGCGAACCUUCCAAGACCUCAGUGACGUCAACGACUACACCGCAUAGCGACUAUGAUGAUGAUGAUUACAAACAGCCGAAUGUUGAGGGCUCCAUUUCCCUCACGGAAGCAGAUGAGUCCAACAAUAAUUUUGAUGCUAUUAUCAAAGAAAAACCGAUGCCGCCGACUCUGUGCUUCAACGGUAGCAUCUCCAAAGGAAGCCCUGUCUGCAACAUGAUGGACCCAUCGUUCAAUUUGACGGUCAACAUCAGCUUGCCUGAUGUGGUCACCAAGGACGAUACAUGCGAAUAUCCAUUGAGCAACAUUAAACUCGGCUAUGAAAACGAUACUUUCGCGUCCCUCUACUGCAGAGGAGAUUGCGUGGUCAAGUGCAGCUUGAGAAGCAGCCUGUGGGAAUGGGUUCCUGGUGGUCAACAGGUUUGUCCAGCCCACCUGCCAUCUACCGACCCGCAAGUGACCUUCUGGAGCUAUCUGCUUGCCCGCUCGGUGGCCGACAUUUUCCCCGUGGCCGCGCUGCCCCUCGCCGACACCAUGGUCGUCGUCCUGUCCAGCGUCCACAACAGCGACGUCGGCCGCGAGCUUUCGUUCGGCGCCCUGGGCGCCGCUGUAAUCACCCCUCUGGUCAGCGUGCUGGUACACUACGAAAUCACGCCGUGGCAGAACACGCCGUCCGCUCUGCCCAUUCUGGUCUUUGCCCUGUUGUCCCUGCUCGCCGCACUGGUUCUCUCGUGGGUCAAACUGCCGUCGGUGUGGUACAGCCGCCGGAUGGAGCUGGGUGAGCGGCCCUCGGUCAAGGUAACCAACCCUGGCGAGGCUGUCGUCCUCCUCUUUGUCCUCCUGCUCCUCGGAAUUUUCUGGGGCGCUUUGGAAACCUAUUUCCCUUGGUUCCUGAAGGAUAUGUACAAGCUCGAAUUCUGGCAGAUGGGACUCACUGUGACCUUUGGCCUGUUCCUAACCAUGCCCCUGCUGUGGAAUGCAGAGACCUUGAUCGACUAUUGCGGAUUUACAAAUAUAUUCAUCGCCACUUUCGCAUUCUACAUAAUCCGAUUUAUUGGGUAUGGAUUUUUGGAGGCUGCCUGGCCAGCAUUGGUGUGCGAGAUUUUUGAAGUUUUCACUCUCUGCUUGAUGUGGGUUACUGCUGUCAUUUACACCAGAAACCUGACCGCCAAACAUAUAACCGCAACCUCGCAGGCGUUCAUAGUUCUAGCGCACUUCUGCUUGGGUCGAUUUUUGGGCACCCUGGUUGCCAGCACUGUUCUGAACGUGACUAGCGCCACUGGUCCUUGGGACUUCUUCAAGGGUUGCAGCGUAGCCGCAGCCGUAGCUGGAUGGUUGUACUUCUGCAUUUACUAUUGUUGCGUCCGGCCAGGAUGCGGCAGGAAGAAGAACUCACAAGGUAGCCAAUUGUCGGCUGAAGCUACAACGACCAAUGGAUCUUAUACUCCUCUGAGGAUCUACAAGGGCAAUGACCAGGCCGCAGGAAGAUUUUAGGUUUUCAAAAGACCAACCGAUCAAAACUCAUAUCCGAAGUGCGAUCGAUCAAGUCAUUUUCGACUAGCUGCUAUCACCGUUAGGUCAUUUUUCUCUUUGAAUGUGUACAUCAGCAGGAUUAAUGUCAUUGUAACUAAGACUAGCCACACGUAUAUUUUUGUAAAUGUAAUUAUACAAAAAUUAACUAAUAAUAUGUGAGCAGGCGGAAAUGCGUUACAAUUCUCAUGCAAAUACAUCAUCUCUCGGAACCAAAAUGCAAUUAUUUAUAUACGGUAUAAUAAUUGUAUUAUUGUAAAGAAAAAUGAGGAGGUAGUAGUUGUCACUCUCACAGCUUGUUGUUCAUCGUUUUGUGUAUUAGAGUUUUUGAAUUUGCAGUAAAUGUUUUCAUUUGCUUCGUUUGUUAGAGAAGACUGCCAAGUAUUGAAAGAAUGUGCACUAACAAUAAAUGUUGACAAAUCGACCGAA